UUUGCGACUGCUGAGUCGCAGCUCUGGCCUAGCGCCAUGCAUGCAGCCACGGAUAUGUACAGUGCUCGCUACGCCGCCCACAAAAUCCGCGGAUGGAUGGCCAGCUGCGAACCGAAGACCUGCACCCUGCACAAUGGAGCCCUUGAUAACACCUCCUGAGCCCUUUGGAGGCACCUCUUUGGCUCUGGCAAACUCACCCAUGCGCAUGCGAGCGCGCCAGCACUUGCACGUUACUGGAGCUGCGGCGAGAAAAUUGCAUCAAUCGAGCUAGGUCCAGCCAUGGGUGGCAGAGACAGCUGUGGAUGAUUGGCGACUGUUGACGCCGGGGAAUCGGUCCCUAGCAGUGCUGUAGCAAACGGGCGCCCCCCAGCAGCGAUUUCUCGAAUGUGAAUGGAACUGCUGGGGAAGCGAGACAGGCCUAUCAAAUAGCGUACCUUGGGUCGUAAAUAGCUGGGUGGGUGGAUAGAGUAGAGAGCGUGCUAGGAUGGAGAGCAAAGAGCUUGCAGAAAGAAAAGCAU